AAUACACUCGACGUCACGAUUCUCGCCUGAAUAUGUUCGCUCUUUCUGAUGUCCAACUCUAUAACAGGAUCAUAGCCACACGUGUGAAAUGCCCUAGCAUGCUGGGAAGGUCCAAUCUAAGGAAUGCCUAGACAGGGCUGGCGCUAAGUAGCGUGUGUGUGCAUGGCGCGUCUUCAGCCGCACGACCAGAGUUUGAGUGCCCUCACUCCUGCCACCUCCUAUAUUCGAUAUGACAUUACCUCUACGGUAAUGCGUAAGUCAAAACUAUGUGUGUUGAAGAACGGCUCGAUGCAUAUUUCAAUCGAUCCUCGGAUUCCCAAUCGACGACAAAGUACCUAGAUGCCGAGAUCGACAAGAUAGCCGGACUUCUGCAACAAUGCAACCCCCUUGCAGCUAAAUGUCCUCGCACUUACAUCGUGCUUCGAACGAUCGGUCGUUUGGAUUGUUUGGAAGGGUUGUUGAGAGAGGAUUUUGGCGAUCAUUGGUUUCCCUUGGCCAAAGCGUCUUCACUACCCAGUUUCCUGGAGCAGAAAGUCGCGAACGACAUACUAGAUGCGCAAUCCAUUAUUGAGACGGAAGUGCUCAAAUUCUCACACGGAUCGCAUUUGACCGUGAACGUGGCAGAGAAUCGACUAUUCACCCUUGGGCCUGUUAUUGGCAGCGGCAAGUAUGGUCAGGUCAAUAUAAUUACCAGUAAGGUCGACUUUGACAAGUAUGCGCUGAAAAGAAUUCGACGCAAAGAGCUAUUCGGGAACUCUAGAGGGCUAAUCAAAAGCUUCAUCGCCGAAAAGAGCCGGCUACAAAAGCUAAAACACCUGCACAUUGUCCAGUACAUCGGCAGCUACACUGAUGCGAGGCACUUGGGUCUAGUUAUGGCUCCGGUUGCUGACUGCAAUCUUGCUGAGUACAUGGAUAUCAUCUGUUCGGAUGCUGGACCCAGAGACCGCGCGACACUUCAAACAUUCUUCGGCUGCCUUGCCACCGCAUUGGGCUAUCUCCAUACCCAGUCAAUCAAACACAGAGACAUUAAGCCAGCUAAUAUACUGGUUCAUCGCAGUCAUGUGCUUAUCACAGAUUUCGGAAUCUCACACGACUCCCUGGAUACCACAUCAGGUGUCACUGUCCACACCCCACGCUACAGUGCCCCAGAGGUCACUUGGGGAGAGAAACGAAACGAAUCUGCCGACAUAUGGUCUCUGGGCUGCGUCUUCCUUGAAAUGGCAGCAGCGCUUCACGGCCAGACCAUUGAGUCGAUUCGCAACUACUAUUCAGUGCACGCUUCUCAAAUCGAGAGUUUCCACUCAAAUCCGAAAGCAACGGAAACGCUGAUUGAAACUUGGCACCAGUCCUGGAGUCCAUCUCGAAGGCCUUUGUUACAAUCUAUUUCGGAUAUGUUGAUACAGGAGCGGCGAGAUCGACCCUCGGCUACUCGAGUCUUGGAAAUCCUUACAACUGCAACAAAGCCGGACGAGGUUCCCUCACUAUUUUGUGGAACUUGCUGUUUUCCUGAUGUUGUUUCGGAUGCUGAGACAGCAUCCCUCAAUGGCGCAGAAGUAGAAUCAGAUCUGCUCAACAAUACUGAACAAAGAACGACCUCGUUGAAUGACGACGAAGUAGCAACACCCCUUCUGGACAAGGAAGACUCAGAAUCAACCCCCAUUAAAACAAUCAUACGUGUACGGAGAAGUCGGCGCCUGAUACCCAUGAGCAGAAAUUCAAUCAGCUCGUUUGCAGUUCUAGCCUUCCUCGUAGUGGGUGUCGCAGUGUACUCUGUUCGCAGCGACGCUUUCAUUGGGACGAGACGACCGCAAGCUACGCAAGAAAGAUUUGGCCCUUCGACAACGGCUGGAUUACCGAAAGCUCAGAUGCGGAGCACAUCAUCUUUGAAUGACGCAUCACACCCGGAUGCUGGUUUGCAGCUGUCUUCUGAAAGCAUCGAUGAUAUAUCGAUGGACCCUGGGCCAGUAGUGUCUGGAACUGUAGCAAAACAGCACACAGACUUGUCUGAUGGACACAAUCACAUUACAUCAAGCGUAGAUGCGGCCAGUCAAGUGAUUAGCGAGUCAACAAUCAACCCAGAGGUGCCACAGUAUACAACUACUCCAGCAUCAUAUCCCCACAAAGAAGGCCAGAUCGAGACCCAACAACAGCUUGUUAUCAACAUGGGACAGCACGAUAGUGCGCAUACGAAGACAAAGACUUUCGAGAGAAUGGCGAAGUUUUUUCAUUGGUGUACAGGUAUGUGACGAGCAUCAAUCAGGUAAAAAUGCUGACAGAUGAAGAUCCGUCUUCCCUUGGUAGCU